CCGACCACUAUAUGCCUAUCUAUUCUCUCUUUGCUUAUCCCUCUCUCCAGCUCUGACCGCCAUUCCGCUAGGAUCUCCAAGAUCCGGCACCCGACUCGGCUGUCCCACACCCUCAGCAUGUUCCCCGCCAUGUUCGUCUCUACCGACACUAUCAUUGCCGACGACAUCGCCGACGCCGAAACUGCCACCUUAAUGAAGAGCAUCUCGCUCUCUCCCCUGAAAAUUGAUCACAAAUUCGGCUCUCCGUCCAGUCCUAGCCCCAAGUUAUCCCAGAGCUUGACUACGUUGCUCGUUGUCCCGUUCUGGAAUUCCGACCACGAGAAGAAAUCCCCAAUGCUGCUGCUCAGCCACCGGAGCCGCUGACCGAAUUUCGAUGACCCACUAACGCUAAAGUCUUCGUCGCCCUUAGAAUCUACCUCUUCCUCUUCAAAAUUUCUCAUAACUUUCCUCGUCGUACGAGAACUCGGAUUCGGACCCAGAUUCUGUUUUGGUGUCGUAAUCAGACUCUUCCUGCAUAAGCAUAAAUCGCUGCCAUUAUAUGGGAUGACUCUGUUGGAACUGAAUGAGGAAGAUUCUGAUUCGGCUGACGAUUGUGGUGAAGGAGGCAAAUAACAAGGAAACCAUUAGGGCGCCUCAUUGCCAAACACUAUAGGCCUGAUAAAUUCUCUCGAUCCUGGAAGCAGCAUAAGCUUGAGAAACUACAGAUGGGUUUAUCCCACCUGCCUUUGAAGUCGCUUAUUCAAUUAAUCACCGGAACCUCCAUUAUUGUCCCCGUCGGCAGCAGUUGAGGAGGGAUUUUGAUGUAGGAUAGUCGAGUCGAGUGUCGGAUCCCGUAGGUCCUAGCGGAAUGGUGGUCGAAGCUGGAGAGAGGGACAUGCAAAGAGGGGAGAGAGGGAUAGAGAAGAGAGGGACAGACGAAGAGGAGGGUGGCAGAGAGAGAGAGAGAGAUUAGAGGGGUCGGUAUAUAGGUUGGUUGAGUUUAAGGAUUGGGUUGAGAAGAUGGUGUGGCUGGUUAAAAAAGGGCGAGUCAACAC